UCGAUGAUAAUAUCGAUAGUGUCGAUGUUGGCAUGCCAUCUCUCCUCUUAUCGACUUCAUUUCGUUUACCCAUUGGCUAUCGAUAUCGACAACACCGGCUGUACAUGACGGGACCAGGCCACCAGCACAAGCCGAAACGAUACCAAAAAAAACCCCUUUAAACGAACGGAGCAGCCGGUGGCCACCAGUUUAUCCCUUUCAUUGUCCUAAAAGAAAAGAAAUUUAGCAAAAUGGUGUUCUACUUCAAGAGCAACAUAGUCCAGCCGCCGGCGAUGCUUUACAUGGGUCGCGAUAAGCACGAGAACGAGGAGCUGAUCCGCUGGGGAUGGCCGGAGGACGUGUGGUUCCACGUACACGAUCUGUCCUCGGCCCAUGUGUACCUGAGACUCCGCAAGGGUCAGACCAUCGACGACAUACCCAGCGAUGUCCUGGUGGACGCCGCCCAGCUGUGCAAGGCCAACAGCAUCCAGGGUAACAAGGUGAACAACCUGGAGGUGGUCUACACCAUGUGGGAGAACCUUAAGAAGACCCCGGAUAUGGAGCCCGGUCAGGUGGCCUAUCACGAUGAGAAGGCCGUCCGUCGCAUCCGCUUGGAGAAGCGCAUCAAUGAGAUUGUGAACCGCUUGAACAGGACAAAGACGGAGGAGGAGCAUCCCGACUUCCGCGGGCUGCGAGAGGCCCGCGAUGCCGCCGAGCGCCAGGAUCAGAAGAAGCUGCAGCGGGAGCGCCGCGAUCAGGAGAAGGAGGCUGCCAAGCAGCGGCAGCUGGAGGCGGAGCUGCGCAGCUACGCCUCCCUCCAGAAGAGCGAGAACAUGCGCACCAACUACGACGCGGGCAACGAGUCGGAUGACUUCAUGUAGUCGGGACUGAGUCCUGAUGCAUCCUCGCACCUUUCACGAACAUCUCUCGCUGUCCUCUACCUUUUUUUUUAAUUAAAUCGUACGCAAAUCGUUUUGUAAA